AUGAAUUUAUACCUAGAAUAAGCAGCAGAAGAUAUUGAAUAAGCUUUAUCUGAUUCUGAUUAAUUACUAUCUUUAACCAAAGCAACAAUAUAGAAGUUUAUAAACUAUCUUAAACGAAAGCAAUUAGAAAAGAUGGAGCGAAAAUUUUAAAUUAUUGUUAACUUAGACGAAUCAAAUAGUAUGAAACAAAUAGAUAAACAAUAAUUAUAAUAACUUAAAAUACUUGAAUUCUUCAAUAAAGCUCAAAAGGAUAUAGAUAGAUUAUUAAGAGAUUUUAGGGAUAUGAUUCCCUCCAACCCACAAACUUUUAUUAUUGAAGAUGUUAAUGAUCAAGAAUAAAUCAUUAAAUAAAUAGAUUAGAAAUUACCUUAAAAGAACAACUCUUAAGAAACAAAAUAUUUUCCAAUUUUUAAAAAUGCUUAAAAUGGUGGGCAAAAAAAUUAGAACAUUAUUAACUCUAUUUAACAUAAUUAAAUAUCUAAUGAACAUAAUAAUUAAUAAAAGGAAACAUUAUCAAAUUUAUUGCUACUCUAACCUUAAUAAAUCACUCAAUAAAAAGAAAAUAAUUUAUUAUAAAUUUAAAGUGCUCCACAAUUAGAUUUAUUACAAGGAAAUCAAACUUCUAAAUAAAAAUAAAUCAAAGAAAAUAAAGAAUAAAUUAUUAGUUUUGGAAGAUUACAAAAAUUUUCAUAUUAGAAAUUAGAAUAUCCAAAAAUAGAUAAUGGAAAUUGUUUAUUUUGUGGUUUAGAAGCUAAUGAGUUAAAUUUAGGUCCACUAUUAUAGAUUCCUUCUAAUAGAAACUAAAAUGAAAAAUAUAAUUUACAUGAAAUGUGUGGAUUAUGGAGUUAAAAUUUAGUUUUCUUUAAUAAAUAAGGAUAAUGUAAUCCAAAGAAUAUAGAUGAAGAAAUUGAUAAAUCAAAAUAAACUGUAUAUCAUUUAAUUUAAUUUAGAAAUGUUUUUUGUGUAGUAGAACUGGAGCUACGUUAUGUUGUGCUGUAUGUCCGAAUGCAUUUCAUUUUACUUGUCUCAUGAAAAGUUCUUCAACAGGUAUAUAUUAUUAAUAUAUUUUAAGGAAAAUUAAUAGAAAGUCAAUUCAAAAUCUUCUGUGAUACACAUAAAAAGAAAGCUAAUAAAUUUGAGAAGAAUUUAAGUCAAGAUAAUAAUCAAAUUAAAAAGCCUUAAAAAACUCGUUAUAAACUUAAUUAAUCGAAAGCCAUUAUUAAAACUAGUCCAAAAAGAAGUCCAAGAAAAAGCCCUAGAAGAAGCCCUCAAAAAUUUAAAUCUCCUUCUUCAAAAUAAAUAAAAAUAUCAAAAUGUUACAUACCAACAGAUGAUAAAGAUGUACAUUAGACUACUUAAUAAUAAAAUUCUUCAAUAAUUCAAGAAUCUGAUAUCAAAAUUGAACCAGAAUUACAUUGA